CACUCUCUUUCUGUAUUUAUUCAUCAACAGAAAACUGAAAAUAUCUACCCAACAAAAAUCCAAACUCCACGUUGAAAACUAUCUCCCCCAAUAGAAAAAACAUUAUUUUCUUUCCCAUCUCUUUCUCUCUAGCUUUCAAUCGCCAUUCCUUCCUCUUCUUCUGGGCAGCUGAGAGAGAAACAUCAACCGUUGACCCACAAAAGGUCUAAUGCUUCUCUUGCCAAUUCAAUCGCAUCAACCACGACGCCAAUCUCUCUGAUUUAAUCUUCAUCUUCUGUAAAUCAUCAGGUACAUUGUUCAUUGCAUCUGAGAUCUACACAUCCUAUAAAGAUUCAAUUUUUUUUCUUCGCGUAUACAAAUGGAUAGUAAUUAUACACCUAUAUCCAAGAAAAACCACAUUGAAUUGCAAUUGCAAGAUGAUCCCAGUAAUUUAAGAUCCCCUUCGGAAACCCACCUCAAAUCGGUCUCUGUUGAUGAGGAUAGUCGUCUAGAUCCCAAGAUGGAGGGCAGUCGUCUUCUUGGUGGCGAUGAGGAUGGGGAUCUAGAAAAUGAUAUUUUUCCUCUCAUUAUUGCUAAACCCAAUAAAGGGUCUGGUUUAUCUGGUGCAGUUUUUAAUCUCACCACAACAGUUAUUGGUGCCGGUAUCAUGGCCCUGCCUGCCACAAUGAAAGUUCUUGGGGUUGUUCUUGGGCUUGUAUUAAUUGUUUUGAUUGGGAUUUUGUCAGAAAUUAGUGUGGAAUUGUUAGUUAGGUAUGCAGUUCUUACGAAGUCAUCAACCUAUGGUGAAGUCGUGGAGCGUGCAUUGGGAAGGCAAGCGAGGGUUUUGUCUGAGAUUUGUAUAAUUGUGAACAAUGCAGGUGUUAUGGUUGUGUAUUUGAUAAUCAUGGGUGAUGUUAUGUCUGGUUCGCCCCAUCACACCGGGGUUUUUGACCAGUGGUUGGGGCAUGGCUUCUGGGAUCAUAGGAAGAUUUUGAUUUUGCUUGUGCUUGUGAUCUUUCUUGCACCACUCUGUGCAUUGGAUAAGAUUGAUUCUUUGAGCAUGACUUCGGCUGCUUCUGUGGCUCUUGCAGUAGUGUUUGUCAUUGUCUGUUUCGUUGUGGCAUUAAUUAAGUUUGUUGAAGGGAAGAUUGAAUCCCCAAGGAUGAGUCCGGAUUUUGGAUCAAAGAAGGCAAUUCUGGAUUUGCUCGUUGUGAUUCCAAUAAUGUCAAAUGCUUAUGUUUGUCAUUUCAAUGUUCAGCCCAUAUACAAUGAGCUUGAAGAGCGCUCGCCUCGUAAAAUGAACCGGGUGGGAAGGAUCACGACAAUUCUCUGUGUAUUGGUUUAUGCAUCAACAGCUGUAUCGGGUUAUCUACUAUUUGGGAAGGAUACUGAGUCUGAUGUGCUGACCAAUUUCGAUAAGGACCUUGGAAUUCGUUUCAGCGCUGCUCUGAAUUAUAUUGUUCGGGUGGGAUACAUUCUUCAUUUAAUUCUCGUCUUUCCUGUAAUUCAUUUCUCUUUGAGGCAAACAGUGAAUGCUCUAGUAUUUGAGGGCUCAGCUCCACUCGAGGAAAGUAGGAAAAGGUCUCUGGCCCUAACAGCAAUUCUGUUGGGACUUAUUUAUUUUGGAUCCACUAUGAUUCCCAACAUUUGGACUGCCUUCAAGUUUACAGGAGCCACAACAGCAGUGUCCUUGGGUUUUAUAUUUCCGUCGCUUAUUGCAUUAAGGUUGAGUCGACAAGGAGGAUCUUUAAGCCUUGUUGAGAGGUACUUGUCAUGGAUGAUGUUGGUAUUGGCACUCAUGGUUGGCAUUGUUGGGGUGAUUGGUAACAUUUACAGCAUCAAAGACCAAUCUGAAUGAUUCCUUUGUUAAUGAUUUAUAGAUAUAAAUAGAUGAUGUGCAGAACAUUGUUCCGAACUGGAAAUCGUGCUUGGCAGUGCAGAGAAAAAGCUUGAAAAGAUUUUGUAGGUCUGAUUAUGCUGUGGUUACAGUGCAAUGUAUAAUUAAAUCUCCAGAGCAACAGCAGCAGGUUGACUCUGCAACUGAAAAUGCUUAGAGAGAACUUUGCUAACUUGCCACCCAAUGUAAGUUCCAAUUUUUGCAAAUUAUUUGAUGUCAUAUACCAGAUGCUUUUGUUAUUGUACAAUACAACAAUACAGUUGUCAAUUGAAAUAUUAUUCAUGAUUUUCUGUUUCAUCAA